UUUAUCUAUGUACAGUUGAAACCUGUACAAACCUCAAGGUCUUAUGGGUAUUGUUCUGUGAACAUGGCUUUCAUGGAAUCAUUUUUGCAGCUUUUCAGCACAGGAACAUUUAUCUGUUGCUUGCUUCUGCUCUUGGUUGUUUAUCUCCUAUUCUUCAGCUCUCAGAGAGAUGAAAAUGAACCUCCAGGGCCAAAACCGUUGCCACUCUUGGGAAAUCUGCUAAUGUUGGAUGUUAACAAACCACACUUGAGCCUAUGUGAGAUGGCAAAGCAGUUUGGCCCAGUUUUCACAGUCUACUUUGGUCCAAAGAAAGUGGUUGUGCUAGCCGGCUACAAAACAGUGAAGCAAGCACUUGUUAAUUAUGCAGACGAAUUUGGAGAUCGAGAAAUCAUGCCACUGUUCCAUGAUUUCACUAAAGGUCAUGGAAUUAUAUUUGCCAACGGAGAGAGCUGGAAAGAGAUGAGACGGUUUGCUCUCACCAACUUACGAGACUUCGGGAUGGGAAAGAAAAAAAUUGAGGAGAAAAUCAUAGAUGAAACAUGCCAUUUACGAGAGGAAUUUGAGAAGUUUGAAGGAAAACCUUUUGAAACCACACAGUUGAUGAACUACGCUUCCUCAAGUGUCAUUUCUGCCAUUGUGUAUGGCCGCAGGUUUGAAUAUACAGACCUUCAUCUACGGAAUAUGGUGGAUCGAGCCAAUGAGAGCGUCAGACUGAGUGGAACAGCAUCCGUGCAGCUCUACAACAUGUUCCCUUUCUUGGGUCCAUGGCUCAAGAAUUGGAGACUGCUAAUGAAAAACCUUGAGCUUGAUAUCAAAGAGGUAUCAGAGCUGGUGAACAGUUUACGUCAAACACUGAACCCACAGGACCUCAGAGGUGUUGUCGAUUCCUUUCUCAUCCGCAAGCAGACUGCAGAAGAAUCUGGUGAGAAGAACUCACUUUUCCAUGAGCAGAACCUCAUUUUCACAGUCGGCAACCUGUUCAUCGCUGGUACGGACACUACUAGUACAACACUGCGCUGGGGCUUGCUGCUUAUGGCCAAAUAUCCACACAUACAGGAUCGGGUUCAAGAGGAGAUUGAUCAGGUGAUUGGUGGACGGCAACCGAUUACAGAGGACAGGAAGAACUUACCAUAUACAGAUGCUGUGAUCCAUGAAACCCAGAGACUGGCUAAUAUUGUACCCAUGAGUAUUCCUCAUAUGACCAGCUGUGAUGUUCACUUCAACGGAUAUUUCAUCAAGAAGGGCACAUGCAUAUUUCCUCUUCUAAUGUCUGUACUGUGGGAUGAAGAUGAAUGGGAAACACCCCACACCUUUAACCCCGAACACUUCCUGGACAAACAUGGUCGAUUUGUGAAGAGAGACGCCUUCCUGCCCUUCUCUGCAGGCCGUAGGGCUUGUCUUGGAGAGAGUUUAGCCAGGAUGGAGCUCUUCCUGUUCUUCACGUCCCUCCUUCAGCAUUUCCGCUUCACUCCUCCUCCUGGAGUGUCUGAAGAUGAUCUGGAUCUCACACCAGCGGUGGGCUUCACCCUGAACCCGACCCCACACAAACUGUGCGCAGUGAAGCGGUCGUGAAAUCUGUUAAUUAAAUGUGUUAAAACAGUAAAGUUGAUAGUUUUCAAACAGAUACAGCCCUUGCAUUAUAUUUGUGUGUUUAUUCUUUAUAUUCAUCUUUAUACAUCAGAAAUUUCAGGAAUCAAUCAUUUUCAGCAUUCACAAAGAAUCAUGAAAACCAUGUCAUAUUCUAAAAACCCAGAUAGCAAGCAACCAUUGAAACAAUGUUAAAUCAAUGUGUCAACGUUAACUGAAUCAAUAUCACUUUUGAAAAAAUGUUGAAAUUUAAACAAACAAACAAAAUCAAUGGUAAUGGCAUUGAAUCAAUGUUACAAUGUGAUGUUAGUUCAACAUCAUGCUUGCAUUCUCAGAAAAUGCAACAACAGCUAAAAAUGACUUAAUCCACACAGCCUGAAAUCAAAAUAAAAGUAGACAAUAAAUCUCUCAAGAUCUCAGCAGAGGAGGAUUAAACAACUCCAAAAAGAGCAUUACCAGCUUCUCUUAUUACUAACCAGUUUGACUUUAUUUCUGCUAUUCAUCUACAGAAGUUCUUAUUGAGAA